AAUUCUAACCCUUAGACCAUUGGAAGACUGAACCCUGUGAUAUACCAUUUUAAAUGCCUUAUUUAUUUAGCUGGAAAAACAAGGCCUCUCUACUAAUAGAAAGAGAGAAGAUGUGGUGGUUUUAAUGUGGUUGAGGUUGGCACACAGAAAUUAUAGGUUUGAAGCACAAGAAUUGUUGUUCCCAGCUCUCUGCGACACUAACUACUGUGGUGACAUAUAUGUUGACUGGCUUGAGUAAAGUGUCUCUUUUUGGCUCUCUAAGACUGAAAAGACCUGUUGACAUCAGUUUGUAAGAGGAUGUAUAGGAGAGAAGACUUUUUUUUUUUGAGACAAAAUCUUGCUCUGUCGCCCAGGCUAGAGUGCAGUGGCGUGAUCUUGGCUCACUGCAACCUUCGCCUUCUGGGUUCAAGUGAUUUUUUUGUCUCAGCCUCCCGAGUAGCUGGGACUACAGGCACAUGCCACCAUGCCUGGCUAAUUUUUGUAUUUUUGGUAGAGACAGGGUUUCACCAUAUUGGCCAGGCUAUUGGUCUUGAACUCCUAACCUCAAGCGAUUCGCCUGCCUUGGCCUCCCAAAGUGCUAGGAUUAGAGGUGCGAGCUACCAUGCCCAGCCUGAACUUGUCUUAAAGUUACUCUCUUACUGGAAAAGAAUAGGAUACUGGGGCACCUCCUUGCAGGAUGGCUGCUGCCCUGAGACAACCGUGCAGUAGACCACAUCUGAAACAUGUUUGAAUAAGCAGCUAUCAUGACAAUCACUUUUAGAACAUUUUCAUUAGCCCAGAAAGAAAAUCUAUACUCUUAGUAAUUGCUCCCUGGUUUCUCCCAAGCAGCAGCAGCAGCAGUACCACCCCCACUCCUACUCCCACCUCACUCUCCAGCCCUGAUAGCCAAUAUGUAGUCUCUUGUGACUGGCCUCUUUCACUAAGUAUAAUAUUUUCAGGGUUCAUCGUCUUGUAUGCGUGUAUCACUUAAUCACUUUUUCUUUUUUUUUUUUUUUUUUUUUUGAGAUACAGUCUGGCUCUAUUGCCCAGGCUAGAGUGCAGUGGUAUGAUCUCAGUUCACUGUGAAACUCCCCUCCCAAGCAGUUCUCUUGCCUCAGCCUCCCAACUGUCUGGGACUACAGGCACACACCACCAUGCCCAGCUAAUUUUUAUAUUUUUACUAGAGUUGGGGUUUCACCAUGUUGGCCAGACUGGUCUUGAACUCCUGACCUCAGCUGAUCCACCUGCCUCAGCCUCCCAAAGUGCUGGGAUUACAGGCAUGAGCCAUCAUGCCCAGCCAGUAUAGCAUGUAUCACUUUUGAUAAACUCUUUAAGGUGUUCUUUAUUCAGCAUCUUUUAAAAACAUCUUUCCAGUAUCAGGUACUUCUGUGUAGUUCUUGGUUUAUAAUAGAGUCAGUUGCCUUGCCAGUGAUGUCAGCACUGCAGUUUCUACCUUAUGGAUACAGGGAUUUGUUGCUAUAUGAGUGGAUUAUUAACAGAAUCUAUACCUUUUUUUUUUUGAAACAGAGUCUCACUCUGUCCCCCAGGCUGGUGUGCAGUGGUGCGAUCUCAGCUCAUUGCAACCUCCACCUCCCAGGCUCAAGCAAUUCUCAUACCUCAACUUCUUGAGUAACUGGCAUUACAGCCAUGUACCACCACACCUGGCUAAUUUUUUGUAAUUUUAGUAGAGACAGGGUUUCACCGUGUUGUCCAGGCUGGUCUCAAACUCCUGAUCUCAAGUGAUCCACCUGAAAGAAAGAAAAUCUGUACUCUUUCUUUCAGCCUCCCAAAGUGCUGGGAUUACAGACAUCUGGGAUUACAUACGCCUGGCCUAUGCCAUUUCUUAGUGAAGCCUUUUCACUUUGCUUUUCUGCCUUUAAGAUACAUAAGGACAGGCAUGGUGACUCACACCUGUAUCCCAACACUUUGGGAGGCCAAGGUAGCAGGAUCACUUGAGGCCAGGAGUCUGAGACCAGUCUAGGCAACCUAGCAAGACCCCAUCAUUAAAGAAAGAAAAAUUAGCUGGGCAUGGUGGCACAUGCCUAUAGUCCUAGCUACUCAGGAGGCUGAGGCAGGAGGAUCACUUGAGCCCAGGAGUUUGAGGCCGUGUAGUGAGCUAUGAUCCUACCACAGCACUGCAGCCCUGGUGACAGAGCAAGACCCUGUCUUUAAAAAAAAAAAAAAAGAGAAAUACAUACAUAUAUCUAAGUCUGCCUACUCUCAAAAGAUAUUAGAUAUGACCAUUAUUCUCCAAAGAGUUUAUAACAAUUUCAGUGAUUCUGUUGUGUGCUUUCAUUCUUUUAGUAUCUUCUUGGAUAUGGUAGUAACAAUUGAGAAACUAUAUAUUUAUGAAGACCCUUCUAUCAGUGUUAGCGCAUUUCAUGCAUAUGCUUUGUUCUCACAGUCUUCUAAAAUAGCAUCUAUCAUUUUCCAUAUAUGUUAAGCUAAAACAUUUAGGAGCAGAAAAAGUUGCACCAAAUUAUUUUACCACUUGGUAGGGGAGCUAAGUUGUUGAAGGAUUCCAUCACAUAAGGCAUCCUUAGCUACUUUUCUUGGUACUCAAUUGUUAUACUCCUGAGGAUUUUAACUUGAGACAUGUGGAAAAGCUUUCUUUGGCCAUCCACUGGGAGCAGAAUCAUAUAUUUACGACAUUUUGAGUAGAAGCAUUCUUCAUUCUUAAAGAUAUUUAUAGAUUUUUUUUCUACCAACUAUUUAUAAGUUGUUACUUAAAGACUUACUUGGAGAGGUUCCUAAUUAUCCAAACUACUAAUUUGCAUUGGUUUUCUU